UUAUUGACUGCAUAUUAGCAUAUGUCAAGUUUUCGUUCAUAUGUGGUAGGAUGGUGUCGGGGUCACAGGGCUUUUGAAAAAAAAAAAAAAAACGUUCGGUGAUUCGUUCGUUAACAGUGACUAUAUGCCGUUACCUUUAUUAAAAAAGUCUGCCACGGGAAUCGUGUCAAUAUAGGGAUCAAAGAUAACUAACACAUCUAAGUAAGUAAUCACGAUCUGCAGCUGAAACUUAAUACGUCGCUACGUCACGCUGUGCGGAGCUUUUUGCCAUGAACCUUGGUUCUUCUGCAGGAACACCGAGAGAGAUGGGGCGUGCAGGCAACAACGCGCUGUGCAACACUUUGCUUUUCUGUAGCAUACUUGCCUAUCUUACCAUUGGAGCCCAAGCCCAAGAUGAAAAUACCAUUUACGAGCGGUUGUUUAAAGACUAUGACAAAAAUGUUCGCCCUGCAGUGAAUAUAUCGUCGCCAGUGCCAGUGACUUUCAAUCUGAUAUUGAGGAAGAUCCUAGAGUUCGAUCCGGAAGAUCAAUCCAUUUCCUUUGCUGCAUGGCUGCAGAUGACCUGGGAAGAUAAGAGGUUAGUGUGGUUUCCAAGAAACUUUGGCGGACUAAGUGAACUAGAAGUUCGUGGUGAAGAUGUGUGGAUACCUGAUGUAGAGCUCUAUAACACAAUUGGACCAACAGAGGCCCUCACGGAUUUUAGGGUUUUGCUUCAGAGUAAUGGGACCGUAAUAUAUGUACCAGCCAGUACAUUCGUAGCAAGUUGCCCUACUAAUCUUACCGAUGAAGUCCAUCGCUGUACUUUGGUAUUUGGCUCCUGGGUUCACAGUGCCCUUAAGCUGGAUCUCCAACACAAGGCAUAUGCCCCAACAUUGCGGGAGUACACCCCUAGCCACGUGUGGGAGCUGAAGGGAGUCUCGGUGGAAGAGUUGAUCAAAAUGUUUGACUGUUGCCCACAGCCGUACAAAGAGGUCCGCUACACGCUGGAGCUUAGCAGAAAAAACGGUUCCACGAGUUCAGCAUGGAUGCCGCGUCUUGACUGGAAAUUCUUAACCCUACUAUUAGUCCUUUGUUUUAAGAUCUAAGCCGAGAUGUCAGAUUUUCACUAGAUUUUCUCUGAAGGGUGCUUUGUCACUUGAUUUUCUUAGUAUGAUGCUUGAAAAAAGUGUGCUGACCUAAUAGGAAUUUGCUUCUCAAACACAUACUUAAUAUCUCUUAAUAUCUCUAGGGGGAAAAGUAGGUUUCUUCUCACACAUGACACCAAUACUCAUUAAAGGUUGAUAUCAAGAAAGAAACUUUAUCUACUUUUCCCCAUGCAUAUUAAACUUUAACGAGAAUGUCAUUUAUAUAUAAAUACAUGUAGACUUGCAUUCUUGUCUUUAGGUUUAACCUUUUUCACGUUUGUAAUUUUGUAUUUUAGCCUUUUUAACCUAUGACGCCAAAUAAGGUUGAAAAAAGGAGUUGAAAGUACCUUUUACUUUAACUGUUUUUGUGUUCAAUGUCGCACAUGAUUUGUAUCGGACUUAAUCGAACUUGUGCGGCUUAAACUGAUCUUUGUGUUAGACAUAAAACCAAACACCAUACUUGGUAUGAGUAAAUAAAUGUCUUA